AUGUUGGUCGCCAUACCCAUACUUUUGGCCUUUCUGGCCAUCCGCGCGGACUUGGUCCACGCGGCUCCUCGAAAGCUAUCCGAAGUCUUCGACGUGAACAUGGCAGGUUUCGAGCCGUCGAAUGGCAAUCCCAAUCAAGGCUCCUGGCACGGCUCAUGUCUACGUCCUCUCAACAACCCCCAGUUUCCCGGAAACACAAAACCACUCUUCGAUCCUGCCGCCGACUUCAACAGUCGCGACAAUAUCCUCAACAACAUCUGGUAUCAGAUAUACCAAAUGACCUAUCAAGCUCGUGUUGCACUCGGGAACACUAAUCUCAAAACUUAUCCGGAAGCGCAGAAACUCAUAUGGUCAUUCUGGGCUAUCUGGUGGACUGAUAUUUGGAGCGAGACGAAUCCGAAUGGAUCGGUGCAGCCGCGAGGACAGAUUGGGAUGAAGUUGAAGGCGAUACGAGAUCGAUACAAGAAGCUACACGAAUUGUUCGAGCCUCCGCAGUCAGCGUCGCCAAUGAGCAGGCGGGACAUGCCCAAGCUCUCUUGCGAUUCGACAUACUUUGAGUUGCAAGAUCGGAAUGAUCCCGCGCUUGACAAGAACGGAAAAGAGAUCAUUGAUCCUGAAACGGAUGAGCCUUACAAUCUCAAGGACUGGGAGGCCGAGCAUGGUCGAAUUUUUGAAGAUAUGUGGUAUUUGUGGUACGACAUCGGCACCGACAAAGGAUAUCUCGUCCUAUCAAGGAAGGACUACCCCCCUGAAGCACCAAACAAGCCAUGGCAGUGGGCACUCGACAAAGAUACCGGCGAGCCAUCAUACUGCGCACAAGGAACAGAAAAGGGAACAGAGCGAAUGGGUGCUGUCUUCGUUCCCAUCGAAGCCUACGAAGCUUCAUCCGACUCUGGUAGCUCAGACGAAGACGAAGAUCACGGUGCCGAUGCCUGGACACAAUCGAAUCACAUCAUUUUGUGCCCACAAAGCUUCAACGCUGGGCGGCCAGACGACUUCCUCGAACCAGAAUACGAUGACUCCACGCUCGAUGAUAUGGAGAUCACGGCGCUGACAUUGUACCAUGAACUCUGGCAUCACCUCUAUCCAGGUCGAUGGGCUCCGGACUAUAAGGCUAUGCCGGCAGUACGGGAUGCCAACAACAAAGUGUCCCCAUUAUGGCCAGCCCACAAAGCAGGCUACAGAACCGACUACGAGCACGACAUCAGCGGUGCGUUAGAAAGCAUGCAGCUCGCACAAUACGAGCGAGCCAUACCCGAGACGUUGAACAUCAACGAGUUCAAGACCUGGAGGUGUCCCGAGUGCUAUGCUUGGUUUGGACGGGCGUAUUACUUGACUGUCAAAGCGGAACAGGAUUGGUCAACAGGGUUGCUCAGACCUCACGGGAGUCCUUUCGUGGGUCCGACAGAGAAUGCACCAAACGACAAACAUGCCGUGGCGAACAUUUCUGCACACUCUUUUGGGACGAUCGAAGCGCCGUAUGAGGGCUGGGAUUUCGACAAGGAAGAUGAGCUUCUGGAGGAUGGUGAAAUCUGA